UCUGCUGCAGAGUGAAGGUGUCCCUAGUCCAAGAGCCCAGGGCUCCAGACUGCUAUCAGGAUGGUGGGUGAAGUCCCCUACCUUCUCUCAGAUCUGGACCGGCAAGGCCAGCGGAGAUCCUUUGUAGAGAGAUAUGACCCCAGCCUGAAGACCAUGAUCCCAGUGAGACCCUAUGCAAGGUUGGCGCCCAACCCCAUAGACGAUGCAGGGCUUCUCUCCUUUGCCAUGUUUUCCUGGCUCACACCGGUGAUGGUUCGAGGCUACAAGCACACGCUGACUGUGGACACCCUGCCCCCAUUGUCACCGUAUGACUCCUCCGACACAAACGCCAAAAGAUUUCGAAUCCUUUGGGAUGAAGAGGUAGAAAGGGUGGGUCCUGAGAAAGCCUCUCUGGGCCGAGUGGUCUGGAAAUUCCAGAGGACACGUGUUUUGAUGGAUAUUGUGGCCAACAUCCUGUGCAUUAUCAUGGCAGCUAUAUGGCCGACAGUUCUCAUCCACCAAAUCCUCCAGCACACUGAGAGCAUCUCCAGGAAUGUCUGGGUUGGCAUUGGCCUAUGCAUAGCCCUUUUCGCCACUGAGUUUACCAAAGUCCUCUUUUGGGCCCUUGCCUGGGCUAUAAAUUACCGCACGGCAAUCCGGUUGAAGGUGGACAUCUCCACCCUGGUUUUCGAAAACCUGGUGUCCUUCAAGACACUGACACACAUCUCCAUUGGCGAGGUGCUCAAUAUACUAUCAAGUGAUAGUUAUUCCUUGUUUGAAGAUGCCUUGUUUUGUCCCUUGCCAGCCACCAUUCCUAUCCUGAUGGCUGUUUGUGCGGUGUACUCCUUUUUCAUUCUGGGGCCCACAGCUCUCAUUGGAAUAUCUGUGUACGUCACAUUCAUUCCCAUCGAGAUGUUUAUGGCUAAGCUCAAUUCAGCUUUCCGAAGAUCAGCAAUUUCAGUGACAGACAAGCGAGUUCAGACAAUGAAUGAGUUUCUGACCUGCGUCAAGUUGAUUAAAAUGUACGCCUGGGAGAAAUCUUUUACUAACACCAUUCGAGAUAUAAGGAAAAGGGAAAGAAAAUUACUGGAAAAAGCUGGACUUGUCCAAAGUGGAAACUCAGCCCUAGCCCCCAUUGCAUCCACCAUAGCCAUUGUAUUGACCUUCGCCUGCCACAUCCUCCUGAGACGCAAGCUCACCGCCCCAGUGGCAUUUAGUGUGAUUGCCAUGUUUAAUGUAAUGAAGUUUUCAAUUGCAAUCUUGCCUUUCUCGGUCAGAGCAGCAGCUGAAGCCAAUGUUUCUCUAAGGAGAAUGAAGAAAAUUCUCAUAAAUAAAAGCCUCCCAUCUUACAUCACCCAACCAGAAGACCCAGAUACUGUCUUGCUUUUAGCAAAUGCUACCUUGACAUGGGAGCAAGAAGCCAGCAGGAAAAGCGACCUAAAGAAAGCACAGAACCAGAAAAAGCAUUUUCUCAGGAGACAGAGGUCAGAGGCAUACAGUUUGGGUCCACCAGCCCAGGAAGUCACUGGCCCAGAGGAGCAAAGUGGCAGCCCCAAAUCAGUUCUGCACAAUAUAAGCUUUGCCGUGAGGAAGGGGAAGGUCAUGGGAAUAUGUGGGAAUGUUGGAAGCGGAAAAAGCUCCCUCAUUGCAGCUCUCCUAGGACAGAUGCAGUUACAACAAGGGACCGUGGCAAUCAACGGGACUCUGGCCUAUGUUUCCCAGCAAGCAUGGAUCUUUCACGGAAAUGUGAGAGAAAACAUACUGUUUGGAGAAAAGUAUGAUCACCAAAGGUAUCAGCACACGGUUCGUGUCUGUGCCCUCCAGGAGGACCUGAGCAGCCUCCCUUACGGAGACCUGACCGAGAUCGGGGAGUGGGGCCUCAACCUCUCCGGGGGUCAGAGGCAGAGGAUCAGCCUGGCCCGCGCCAUCUACUCAAACCACGAGGUCUAUCUGCUGGAUGAUCCCCUGUCGGCCGUGGAUGCCCACAUGGGGAAGCACGUCUUUGAGGAGUGCAUUAAGAAGACACUCAGGGGGAAGACCGUGGUCCUGGUGACCCACCAGCUUCAGUUCUUGGAGUCUUGUGAUGAAGUCAUUUUGCUAGAAGACGGAGAGAUUUGUGAAAAGGGAACCCACAAGGAGUUAAUGGAGGAGAGAGGGCGCUAUGCAAAACUGAUUCACAACCUUGGAGGGUUGCAAUUCAAGGAUCCCAAGCACAUUUACAAUGCAGCAAUGGUGGAAGGCCUUAAGGAGAGCCCUGCUGAGAGAGAUAAAGAUGCUGUUUUGGCUCCAACAGAUGAGAAAGUUGAAGGAAACGAACCUGAAACAGACUCAGAAUUUCUAGAUGUAAAAGUUCCUCUGCACCAGCUUGUUCAGACUGAAUCCUCCCGGGAAGGAACUGUGACCUGGAAAACGUAUCACACGUACAUUAAGGCUUCUGGAGGGUACCUCCUGUCUCUCUCCACAGUGUCCCUCUUCCUCCUGAUGAUUGGCAGCUCCGCCUUUGGCAACUGGUGGCUGAGUCUCUGGUUGGACAAGCGUUCCUGGAUGACCUGUGGGCCCCAGGGCACUAACAGCACAUGUGAGGUCGGCACGGUGCUGGCAGACACUGGGCAGCACAUGUACCAGUGGGUGUACGUGGGGAGCAUGGUGUCCAUGCUGGCGUUUGGCAUCACCAAAGUCUUCGCCUUCACCAAGACCACACUGAUGGCAUCCUCCUCGCUACAUGACCAAGCACUUGACAAGAUCUUAAAGAGCCCAAUGAGCUUCUUUGACACGACUCCCACUGGCAGGCUCAUGAACCGUUUUUCCAAGGAUAUGGACGAGCUGGAUGUGAGGCUGCCGUUUCACGCAGAGAACUUUCUCCAGCAGCUUUUUAUGGUGGUAAUUUUUCUUGUGAUAUUGGCCGCUGUGUUUCCUGCUGUCCUUUUAGUCCUGGCCAGCCUUGCUGUAGGCGUCUUCAUCCUUUUAUGCGUUUUCCACAGAGGAGUCCAGGAGCUCAAUAAGCUGGAGAACAUCAGCUGGUCACCCUGGUUCUCGCACAUCACCUCAUCCAUGCAGGGCCUGGGCAUCAUCCACGCUUACAACAGGAAGGAGGACUGCAUCAACAAGUUUAAGAUGCUAAAUGAUGAAAACUCCAGCCACCUCCUAUACUUAAACUGUGCUCUCAGGUGGUUUGCUCUAAGAAUGGACGUCCUCAUGAACAUUGUCACCUUCAUUGUGGCCUUGUUGGUGACCCUGAGUUUCUCCUCAAUCAGUGCUUCAUCCAAAGGCUUGUCAUUGUCUUACAUCAUCCAGCUAAGUGGGCUGCUCCAAGUGUGUGUGCGGACAGGAACCGAGACCCAGGCCAAGUUCACCUCCAUGGAGCUGCUCAGGGAGUAUAUUUUGACCUGUGUUCCUGAAUGCACUCACCCCCUGAAAGUGGAGACCUGUCCCCAUGACUGGCCCAGCUGUGGGGAGAUAACAUUCAGAGACUAUCAGAUGAGAUACAGAGACAACACUCCCCUUGUUCUCGAUGGGCUGAACUUGAACAUCCAAAGUGGGCAGACAGUUGGGAUUGUCGGAAGAACAGGGUCUGGAAAGUCGUCAUUAGGAAUGGCUUUGUUUCGUCUGGUGGAGCCAGCCGGCGGCACCAUCUUCAUCGAUGAGGUGGAUAUCUGCACUAUUGGUUUGGAAGACCUCAGCACCAAGCUGACUGUGAUACCCCAGGACCCUGUCCUGUUUGUAGGUACAGUAAGGUACAACUUGGAUCCCUUUGAGAGUCACAUGGAUGAGAUGCUCUGGCAGGUUCUGGAGAGAACAUUCAUGAGAGACACAAUAAUGAAACUCCCGGAAAAAUUACAGGCAUAAGUCACAGAAAAUGGAGAAAACUUCUCAGUAGGGGAACAUCAGCUGCUUUGUAUAGCCCGAGCACUUCUCCAUAAUUCAAAAAUCAUUCUCCUUGAUGAAGCCACUGCCUCCAUGGACUCCAAGACUGACACCCUUGUUCAGAGUACCAUCAAAGAUGCCUUCAAAGGCUGCACAGUGUUGACCAUCGCCCACCGCCUCAACACGAUCCUCAACUGUGACCUGGUCCUGGUCAUGGAAAAUGGGAAGGUGGUCGAGUUUGAUAAGCCUGAAGUUCUUGCUGAGAAGCCAGAUUCUGCAUUUGCAAUGUUACUAGCAGCAGAAAACAAAGUUCGAUUAUAAAGGUCCCUCCGGGGACCACAUCAGCUGGUUUUAGGGGAGGAGGAGGAUGCAUGAGAUGAGUGGAUGAGCCUGCAGGAGGAGGGGCUGU